AUGGGGUUGUGUCUAUGGGGAACUCUCAUGUUUCUCUCUCUCUUCGUGAAGCAUCUGACCAGCCAAGAUCCCAACACCGACGCCUUUUAUCUCUCUAACUUCUUCACCAAAAUGGGUUUACCAAAUUAUACUCAAGCUCACACAUUUCCUUCUUCAUCUUUAUGUUCAUGGCCAGGAGUGGUCUGUGACUCACGGAGAGAGUACGUGCUCCGGCUUUCGGCUUCUGGGUCGGACCUGUCCGGUUCCAUCCCCGACAAUACCAUCGGCAAAAUGAGAAUGCUCCGAUCAUUGGAUCUCAGUGACAACAAGAUCACUUCUCUGCCCUCGGAUUUGUGGAGUUUGAGCUCGCUCAAGAGUCUCAACCUCUCCUCCAACCGGAUUUCAGAGCCUCUUCCAAGCAACAUAGGCAAUUUCAUGUCGCUUCAGACACUUGAUCUUUCUUUUAACAGCUUCUCUGGUGAAAUCCCUGCUGCUAUAAGCUCCCUUGUCGGUCUAACAACUCUCAAGCUUGACAACAAUGGUUUUCAGUUUGGCGUCCCUCCAGGUCUUCUCCAUUGCCGAUCUCUAGUCUCCAUUGACCUCUCAUCGAACCAGCUCAGUGGUUCUCUGCCUGUUGGUUUUGGUUCUGCCUUCCCUCAACUAAAAAGCUUGAACCUUUCACGGAAUCUGAUUCAGGGUUCAUUGAUGGGAGUCUUGCAUGAAAACGUGGAAACUCUUGAUCUCAGUGAAAACCGAUUUGAUGGGCAUAUCUUGCAGUUAAUGCCUGGCCACAAACACAACUUGUCUAGUCUGAUUCAUCUUGACUUGUCCGAGAAUCGUUUUGUCGGACAUAUACUCGAUGGCUUGAGUUCAUCUCAGAAGCUGGUACACCUUAACCUCGCGUGCAACCGAUUCAGGGCACGAGAAUUCCCGCAAAUCACAAAGCUUUCAGGUUUAAAUUAUCUGAAUCUAUCCAGGACCAAUCUGUCAGGUAAAAUUCCAACUGAAAUCUCACGGCUGCGUCAUCUCAAGGUUCUUGAUCUCUCCUCCAAUAAUCUCACUGGCCAUGUACCUUUGUUGAGCCUCAAGACCAUUGAAACACUUGAUCUCUCGCUGAAUAAGCUAGAGGGAGAUAUUCCAAGGCCGGUUCUCGACAAACUCCCCAUGAUACAGAGGUUCAAUUUCUCUUUCAACAAUCUAACCUUUUGCAACCCCAACAUCUCUCAAGAAAUGAUCCAGACAUCCUUCAUUGGCUCCACAAACAACUGUCCCUUCGCUGCAAAGCCAAUAGUUCUAAAUGGAAAGAAAUUCAACAAGCACAAGACAGGGCUUAAGAUUGGUUUGGCUUUAGCAAUCACCAUGGCGUUCUUACUCGUUGGGCUGUUGCUCAUACUUGUAGCCAUGAGAAGUAGAAGAAAAUCCAGAACAUGGGCAACAAAGCAAGCCACAGAACCAAACUUGUCAGACCAAAGUGAAUCAACCGAUGUCCCUGUGGUAAUGAUCGACAAGCCGUUGAUGAAGAUGACGUUUGCAGACCUCAAAGCUGCGACUCUCAACUUCGAUAGAGCCACACUGUUGUGGGAAGGCAAGUCUGGUCCUACUUACGGUGCAGUCUUACCCGGUGGCUUUAGAGCAGCUCUAAAAGUCAUCCCAAGUGGAACCACACUGAAUGAUCACGAAGCCUCGAUCGCGUUUGAACGUCUCGCUCGGAUCAAGCACCCAAAUCUUGUUCCUCUCUAUGGAUACUGCAUAGCCGCGGAACAAAGAAUUGCGAUUUACGAGCACAUAGACAAUGCUAAUUUGGAAAGCUUACUCCAUAACACAGACGAUUCCGACACAUCUUGGAGAUUCCGGCAUAAGAUAGCUCUGGGCACGGCGAGAGGUUUGGCUUUCCUCCAUCAUGGUUGCAUUCCUCCGGUGGUUCACGGCGAGGUAAUGGCUAGAACCGUGUGCUUAGACUCAACACAGGAACCACAAUUAGCAGACUUUGGUUUAACAAAACUCCUGGACGAGAGAUUCUCCGGUGGUUUAGACGGGUACACACCACCGGAACAGGAGCAGUACGGUUCUCCGACAGUGGAAUCCGAUGUGUACAGCUUUGGAGUUGUUCUGCUCGAGCUCGUGAGCGGGAAGAAGCCGGAAGGGGAUUUGGUGAAUUGGGUGAGAGGGUUGGUGAGACAGGGACAAGGAUCGAGAGCCAUUGAUCCGAAAAUGCGAGAGACAGGUCCGGUGGAGCAGAUUACGGAGGCGGUGAAGAUAGGUUACUUGUGCACCGCCGAUCUGCCAUGGAAGCGACCCACGAUGCAGCAAGUGGUCGGACUUCUCAAAGACCUUUCUCCCAUCAGUUGUUAA